ACAGUCACCAGGAAAGUUUUCGGGUCUCCAGUUGGAGCUCUUGUUUCUCCCCGUUUUUUCUGGAUUAAAUCCAAUACUCCGCUUGAUUUCCUCCGAUGUCGGGCUAAGGAGAAAGCAUGGUGGUGAACUCGGUCCACUGGUUCCGCAAAGGUCUGCGGCUGCAUGAUAAUCCUGCGCUGCAGGAGGCCCUGAGCGGAGCGGACACGGUGCGCUGUGUUUAUGUCCUGGAUCCCUGGUUCGCUGGCGCCGCUAACGUCGGAAUCAACAGAUGGAGGUUUCUGCUGGAGUCUCUGGAGGACCUGGAUAACAGUUUGAAGAAGCUGAACUCUAGGCUGUUUGUGGUCAGAGGUCAGCCCACCGAGGUCUUCCCCAGACUCUUUAAGGAAUGGAACGUGACCCGGCUGACGUUCGAAUACGACCCAGAGCCUUACGGGAAGGAGAGGGAUGCCGCCAUCAUCAAGAUGGCCCAGGAGUUUGGAGUGGAGGCCGUCGUCAGAAACUCUCACACCCUCUACAACCUGGACAGGAUCAUCGAGAUGAACAACAACAACCCUCCUCUGACCUUUAAGCGAUUUCAGACCAUAGUGAGCAGGCUGGAGUUGCCCAGGAGACCUCUGGCUCCCAUCAGCCAGCAGCAGAUGAACCGAUGUCUCAGUAACAUAUCUGACAACCACGACCAGCUCUACAGCAUCCCUUCUCUGGUGGAGCUUGGUUUCAGGACGGAGGGGCUACCAACAGCCGUGUGGCGGGGCGGAGAGUCGGAGGCCCUGGACAGACUGAGCAGAUACCUCGACAAAAAUGUAAACCUGGGGCGGGAACAGGAACCUCAUAUCAGCCUGAAAAGCACGUUAAUGGGAACCUUUCUUUGAUCCCCUCCACUGUUAUCACACGUGAUCGUCUCUUGUCCUGUGGCUGUUAGAUAUUCCGAUGCGUUGAAGCAGGACCAAACUGAUCUUCUUCUCUGUCAGCUCUGUAAGCGCAGCAGUCCUCCUCUGUCGCUGUACGGCCAGCUCUUAUGGAGGGAGUUCUUCUACACCCUCGCCACCAAUAACCCCAACUUUGACCGCAUGGAGGGAAACCCCAUCUGUGUGCAGAUCCCCUGGGACCAGAACCCAGAGGCGUUGGCCAAGUGGGCCGAGGGACGGACCGGUUUCCCCUGGAUCGACGCCAUCAUGACUCAGCUGAGGCAGGAGGGUUGGAUCCAUCACCGGGCCCGGCACGCCGUGGCCUGCUUCCUGACCAGAGGCGACCUGUGGAUCAGCUGGGAGAGCGGGAUGAAGGUGUUUGAGGAGCUGCUGCUGGAUGCGGACUGGAGCGUGAACGCUGGCAGCUGGAUGUGGCUGUCCUGCAGCUCCUUCUUCCAGCAGUUCUUCCACUGCUACUGCCCCGUGGGCUUUGGGAAGAGGACCGACCCGUCCGGAGACUACAUCAGGCGUUACGUUCCCAUCCUAAAGGACUAUCCCAACCGGUACAUCUACGAGCCGUGGAACGCCCCCGAGGCUCUGCAGAAGGCGGUGAACUGCGUGGUGGGGGUGGAUUACCCCAAACCCAUGAUCAACCACGCCGAGGGCAGCCGGCUCAACAUCGAGCGCAUGAAGCAGGUUUACCAGCAGCUGUCCCACUACAGAGGACUCAGUCUGCUGGCAUCGGUACCAACCAUCCAGGAAGAGGCGGAACCGCCCAUGACGGAUGAGUCUCAGACCAGCAGCGGACCCGAUUCUCCCCUCAGAGACCUGGUUGAAGUAGAAGCAGCCGGAUGCUCAACGGUUCCUGAUUCCUCCACUUCGAUCCCACAUUCCGACCAGGAGGACACGUCACACCAUCAUCUUUUCCUGGAUCACUGCACCUCCUCUGGCCAGCCUCCCUCUCCUACCUCCAGCCCGACCCGCGGCGCCACAUCUCGACAUAAACCCGGUUCUCCCUCCUGUUCCUGCCUCUCUCCGAGCACCAGCCCAUCCUCUGACCCUCUGAGCCAAAGACAGAGAGGAUGUCAGAGCUGCCCGGUGGAGGAGGAGAGGAUGCAGGAGGAGGUGGAUGAGGAGAAGAUGGAGGAAGAGGCGGCUCCACAGCAGUGACAUCUGGUGGACAGGUGAAGUAGGACAGUUGCUGUUCUGAAGACCACGAGCAGUCCUUGGAUCUGUGGAGAAUCUCCAUCUGAAAAUGCAGAGACGAUGCAGCAAAUUGAAACGGCAUGAAACUUGAAACCAGUUAACUCAGAGACUGAAGCUACUGCUCUGCAGACACAUUCUCACACAAUGAAGUGACUGCUGUGGGGUCUGGAAAUCUUAUUUGAAGAAACUGAAGCCACUUGAUGUAAAGGACUUGUAUUUUCUUGUACAAUUGCCGUCCUGUUUUAUAAAUAUUUUGGAAGAGAAGAGUAAUAGACUUAAUUUGAUGGCGGGAAAUUUGAUUCUCGGUUCUUUAAAACCACAAACUGAAUCCCUCUCCUCUUCUGAUGGUAUUAGGAGGACCUCCUGACCUUCUUCUCCUCCUUAAACUGCAUGUUUAUGUUCUUAUCCUGAUGAUUUGUUGGCAUCUGAAAACCAGAGAUGUAAAAAGUUUCAAUGUUUCUACAUUCAAAAACAUUUUGGGUGGGCUGCAUGAGAUUCACAUUUGCUGUCUGAAUGGGGAGCGUAACAUUGGUUGCAGGCUUCAUCUUCCUCUCUCCUCCUGC